AUGGCAGAGCGAUCUCCGAGACCACCAUUCUCUCCAACCUCACACCCUCCUUCUUCGGAUACUAAUCAGUGGAGCAGCCAAGACUACAACUCUGAUAAGAAUAGAGUUGGGAUGACGAAAACAACUCCCCGCGACGAUAGGCAAGUCUUCGUUAUCGAUCGACCCGAGUCACCAACUUUACCCCCCGAAGGUGGGCAGGACGAUGUUUAUGAAGAUAUCCCUCAAACACCAAAGUCUAGUUUCGAUCAGCCUCGAAGCCCGGGGGAUUUCAAUGGAAUAAAUUCUACACGGAUUCCGCUUCUUAGCAACAGCAGUACAACAAGUAGUAUAUCGUCUGAUAACUGGCAGAAUGUUUCUGGUUCAGGGUCCUUCCCCAAUGGCACUAAAGGAGGGCCCCACUACCAGUCAAUGGAACGCACCCGCUCAGUACAAACACCGACCUCGGCCUAUGCCCCACCUUCACAAGUGCCCCCUAGUCGCCGUAAUGGCUCAUCUAACCAGCAUUUACGACAUGCAGUUUCGGCAAAUGGACUUCAUCAUAAAGCACGGCGACCUCUUCAUGUGAAUGACCAUAUGGCAGCAGCUAUUGAACUUAGUGCAAGUCCUAACGUUCCUUUGGCGCCUGCCGCGGGCAUGUAUUGGUCCCGUGCGAUUACUUAUGGACGAGGCCCGUCGCGGCCACUACGAGCACAUACGGCAGAUCUUGUAGGUGAGCAUCUGUAUGUGUUUGGAGGGUGCGACAUCAAGACGUGUUUCAAUAUUUUAUAUGUGCUCGAUAUGGAUACCUUGACGUGGUCAAAGCCUAGGACAAGUGGACAUGCACCUCCUCCGUGUCGUGCCCACUCAUGCACAGUAGUUGAGCGUGACUCGGGUGGAGGUAAACGUACACACUACCUGUAUGUAUUUGGUGGUGGGGAUGGACCUAAUUACUUUAAUGAUCUGCACAUCCUGAACACCGAUACACUUGUUUGGACCAAACCAUUGGUUGGUGGUAGCCCGCCAUCGCCUCGGCGUGCACACACAACUUGCUUAUGGAACAAUAAGAUCAUCGUGGUAGGGGGAGGCGAUGGGGCACGUGCAUUAGCCGAUGUCCAUGCUUUAGAUAUUAGCGAUCUUAAUAAGCCAUCCUGGACUCAACUGGACCCUUCCGGAAGUCCGCCUAUUGCGCGUGGCUAUCACACCAGCAAUCUGGUUAAAGACAAGUUGAUUGUGUUUGGUGGUAGUGAUGGACACGAGUGUUUCAAUGAUGUGUUUGUACUGGAUCUUGUCUCGAACCAAUGGACUCAGAUUGAACUUGAUCGUGGUAUAUCUCGAUUGGCACACACUGCUACCCAGGUGGGGUCUUAUGUAUUUGUUAUUGGUGGCCAUGAUGGUAGCCGGUACUCAAACGAUAUCCUUCUUCUUAAUCUUGUCACAAUGAAUUGGGAAUCACGCAAGAUAUAUGGUGUGGCUCCUAGUCCGCGCGGAUACCACACAUCUGUACUUUAUGACUCUCGCCUUUAUAUCCUCGGCGGUUAUGAUGGAAGAAAUGUAUUUGAAGAUGUCUAUCAACUGGACCUAAGUGCAUGCGCUUAUUUACCUCAGAUUACCAACUUUGAGAUCGACGUUUAAGGGCCCUUUUUUUUGCUUUGUUUUCCUUCUUAUUUUAUAAUUAUUAUGCUCUUUAUUUUACUCCUAGAAUCUCCUCUCUCCAAUCCUACCUUAUCCUACCUUAUCCUAUCUCAUCCCCAUCCUCUUCAAUCCCCUUUACGGUCCUUUUAUUUUAUUUUACUUUAUUUCAUUUCAUUUCACUUGACUUUUAGUCCAGUUUAGUUUAGUUUAGUUUAUAUAUGCUGUGUUUCCACCAAAGAUACUAGAUAUUGAAACACUUUCUUCUUCUUAUUCGUCUUAUUCUUUACUCUUUAAUGUACUCUUGAUAUAAAACCAAAACAGCUACAACAAAAUUGUGGGACAAACAAUACAUUUAA